AUGGCGCGAAUUUCGCCUGAUAAUAACACGUGUACGGUGAAUAUGUCGAACCACAGCGACCUCGAAUCGCUGCCAAGUUUCGAAUACGUGGGUAAUUACUAUUUGAAGGACUACAAAUAUCUGAGUCCUGAGGUUUUGCAACAGUCCGAAAAGUCGGUCAAAAGGAACGGCCGUGCGUUCGAUUUGUUGGACGGGGGCAAAUUGGCAACUUGCAAAUUGUUCGCGCGUCUGUGGUUUACGCAGGUGAUGAAGGGCUUGAAACAAUUCCUGUAUGAGGGAUCGUUACACGGAGUUAAGUACAUUUUCGAGCCGACGUUCAGCCAUAAGGAGAGAUUCAUAUGGGUUAUCAUUGUCGUGAUGAGCAUACUGAUUUGCGCGGUGAACAUCAUCCAGCUGUUCUGCAAAUGGCACUCGACGCCUUUUGUCAACGUGAUCGACUCUUUGCCCACUCCCAUAUGGGCGGUUCCGUUUCCAAUGGUAGUAGUGUGCCCACAUCUGCACGUGCAAUUAUCAUAUGCCAAUAUCUCCGAGCUUAAUGAAUUGGAACGUUUCUUCGCGUCUCUAGUUUGUCCUCACAUGUCGCACGAAAAGAGAGCUUUGGUGAAUCGUUUAAACCCGGAGGAGAAUAAAAUGAUGCAGGACUUCAUCAUAAAGGGGUCGCCAAAAUGCACGGAACUGGUCAAAUCGUGCUACUGGAAACCAACACAUGAAUCGGAGUGGUUCACCAAGGAAUGUUGUGAGAUGUUCAAGCCAAUCUUCACGGACUUCGGGCUAUGUUAUGCAUUUAACAGUCUACCGUUGAACGGAAUGAGCAACGCCACUUUGAACUGGCAGAGGACCUUCAACCAGAACGCGAAACAGGAGCCUUUGAAUUGGAGCAUGGACGGCGGAUACCCGCAGGUCUUCCCCCCGGACCCCAGCAUGAUGCCUUUGCGGGUGGUCGCAUCUGGCGAAGUGCACGGCUUGGGCGUCGAAUUGUAUCUCAACGCAAGCGAGCACCAAUUCGGAUGCGACGGAAAUAACAUGGGUUUUACUGUGCUCAUCAGUUCGCCGACCGAUCACGUAUACACCAGCACAGUUCUUCGUCUGCCGAUGAACAAGAUGACCACCAUCGAGGUGUCGCCCAUCACGUACAAAACGGACUCUGCGCUCAGGGCCCUGCCGCCGUAUUUGAGGCAGUGCUACUUCCAAGACGAGAGGAAACUGGAGUACUUCGAGAUGUACAGCGACAGCAACUGCAAGCACGACCUGUGGAUACGAGAAGUGAAGGAGAAAUGCAACUGUGUCCUUUUCAAUUGGCCGACAAAAGUGGAGGAACAGCUAACUUACGCGUAUUACGAAGACAGCCAGGAGGAGAGGAAACCGCAGCCUUACUCCGCAUCUUGCCACCCAGCCUGCAACGACAUCUUGUACUCGAGCCAAGUGUUCUACUCAGAUUUGGUCAGCAUACCAGGUCGGCCGGAGCCGAAAUGGGACACAAAGAAGGGCGAAGUGACACGGAUUAAUGUACAUUUUUAUGACGACAUAUUCUUGGGUCAGCAUCGGCAUACGCAAUAUGACGACUACUAUUUCGCUGGUGCAAUUGGUGGAUUGCUGAGUUUGUUCCUGGGCUUCAGCAUUAUAAGCGUCGCUGAAUUUGUCUACUUUGUCAUAUUGAAACCGGUCCAUGUUGCUUUAAAGGAAAUCUUCAGAAACGUCGAC